AUGUCUGAACGCACGCCCCAUCGCCAGCGUCCGCCCGACGUCGAGGCGGCGCUCUCCUCCAUGCUCUGGACACCCUACGAACGCACAACACCCACCAACAGCUGCUCCUCUGAGGACGAGGACGAUGACGAGCGACUCAAUCGAACGCUGCGCAAAUCGCACAGCAGUUUUGAGACCAGCUUAAGCAGUCAGAUGCUGUCUCUGCCCCUGCCCCCACCAUCAAUUCCACUACCGAUAGCACCGACUGCCACUCCAACUGCCCCACGACCCCUUGUGCCUUUUCCUCACUUUAGCUUAAGUGCUUACGAUGCGGCAAUUGCCACCUUUGAUGUGCCCAAGCAUUCUGGGGCUGGCCAUCGCAAUCGCAACCGUUACUCCUAUCCCUACUAUGGCAGUCCGGCGCACACUUUAACCAACUGGUGUUCGUCGGCGGCUACGGCCAUCAAAGAACCGCCCUCCUACGAGUCACUCUAUGAGGAAAAUGAAAAUGCAGUGACGUCACAGCCGCCAUUGCUUGACAGACUGAGAACGACCGCGGCAGCGCCAUCGACGUCGACGGCGACAACUGCUCCGAGCAACAUAAAGAGCGUGGCUCUCAGCACUCGGCAAAAUGUUUUAUGUGAUAGAUCGCAACGAUCGCCAAACCACUCAACUACAAUUACAACUACAACUAAAACAGCAACUGCAGCUACAAAUGACAACAACAAUACCAAAAUUCAACUAACGGCACAAGUUCCCGCUGACCGUUUGGUGCGUUCCUUCACGGAUGAUUACAUUUCGCAGAAUUGCACAUCAUUCCAUCAGCCAGCAGCAGCAAACGUUAACAGCACCAGCAACAGCAACAACUCCAGCAACACACUACAAGAAGAAGAAGAAGAAGAUGUACAGCACACAAUGGAAAACAAGUUGAAAGAAAAGCCAACAACAACGAAUGCCAGAUCACAACAAAACGAGGAAAAUCAAAGUAAGAGCAGCAACAUUAAAGCGAAUUGCAUUAUCAAUGAACACGACGGAGAGCAAGAAAUGGCAACAUCAGCAACAACAGCAACACAAACAACAACAGCGACUGAGGAAACAGGCCUAGUGCAGGUCAAUCAACCUGUUUCCUGUGCAGCAGCAACUCCAAGCAGUCACUGUGCCAGCGCAACAGCAACAGAAACAGAAACAGCAACAGAAACGGCAACAGUAACAGCAACAGCAACAGCAACAUCAACAGAAGAGAGAACACAGUCAGCGGUAACGUCGCCAGAGAGCCACCCCAAGUGCUCACCAGCGAUCAGUCUCUCGAGUUCGUUCGGCGCGUGCACAACAGUGGGCGCAUGUUACAACUACAACGCUUCAACGUUCACGUCUACGAGUAUAUCGUCGUUGCCUGCCCCUUCAUUCGGUGGUUCGUCGUGGUUGUCCGAUUCGCCAGCGCGCCGCUUUACGUAUUUCGACGGCGGCGACUACAGUGCGCUAAGGCCACCAAACAAAUGUUUGGCAGAACUCGAACGCCUGUAUGCCGAAUUUCGCGCGAGUGAAAGUAUAAUUGAGCAUAAGCAGAAAGAGCGAGGCGCCGCGGACGUGUGCGAAGCAGAUUUAGAAGCGGGGACCAUGCGUUUGAAUGUGCCAGCCCAUGCAACGGCGGCUGGGAUGACCGCAGGCACUGCUGCGGUUUCCAUGCAACUGCAACUGCCAACGACGUCAGUAAAAUCACAAACAACAGCAGCCGCAUGUUUGGGUGUGGUGCCAGCAACGACGACGGCCUUGGGGCAGCACCACAAAGCUACAACUGCAGUAGCAGCAGCACAGCCGACAAUCAGUGGAAACAACAGUAGCAGUGUAUUUCUAAAUGCAACUGCUACUAACAGCAGUAAACACAAUAGCAACAACAGCAACAAUGUUGGGAGCUGUAAUCAAGCUGCCGCUACGAACAACAAUGACGAAAACAGCAAUACUAAACGCGUCAGCAACAUUGCAAUUUCGCCAGCAACAAAGUCCUGUCAACGACAGCCAAGUCUUACAAUCCAAGUGAAUAAUAAUAAUAACAACAACAACAACAACAGCAUCAGUAACAGUAAUAACGGUUCUAAUAACGGUAAUCAUGUGUGUGUUGCAGCGCCAGGCAGCGCAGGCACAGCAGCAGCUGACACUACAACAACAACGUCAAGCCAAGCGACCAUUGUUAAUAACAACAACGGCGUUUGCGUUGUUAAUUGUAAUUAUACCGUCACCCCCAAUAGCAACAUUAGAACCACCACCAGCAACAGCACCACCACAACCACCAGCAGCAGCAACAACAACAAUAAUAACAACAACAGUGUGGUCGAAAUCAAUUCAAAUGAUAAUAGUGUCGCAGGGCUGGCCAAGCCAUCGCCUGCCAAAGUGUUCAGUGCAAGUGUACAAAAUAAGCUUAAUAAUAAUACGAAUAAGAAUAAUGUAAAUGUUGAUAUUGCUGUUGCUCCAGCAACCUCUGCGGAGCAACAUGUUGCAAUUGUCAAUGGAAAUGUGUCCAGUGUCGAUGAUAACAGUGUGAAUAUAAUCAAUGUGAAUGCUACAGCACCAACAACAAAAACAACUGUUUCCCACAACAAAAUCAGCAGCUUGGCUACGCCUACGCGCUCCAUACGCACUUUCACCUCAACGGAAUGCCAAACGGACGAUCUGCACACGGCCCAGCUGCGAACUCGUGAGCAGCGUCGUCGUGAGCGUCGUGAACCAACCAGCGGGCACAGCGCUACGUUGCCAUCGUCGGCGGCUGCCAUGAUGCGACUGCCGGAUAUUCUGCACAGUCACUACCCGCCUCCAUACAGUGCAUUGCCCGUGGGCCAAUUGGGACCACCGCCUACAUCUGCGGCGCACCCUCAACCUCCAAUGGGUGCAGCACCACUGCCACCGCCACCGCCCCCACCCGGCGCCACCAUACUAACACCCAUAAUAUCGACGGUGCCACUGCCGGGCGCAACGCCUCUGAUGAGUGAUGGACGCUUCACAUUGCCGCUGCCCAUCAUGCGCAGAUCCCCCUCGGAGCGUUCUGGCAAGGGUUGUUGCGGCCAAUGGUUUGCCGGUCCGCCGUUGCGUGCGCUUAUUGCUGUAGUCGCCCUGGGGGGCGUGGCUUGCGCCUUGGCCGGUGCGGCGCUGGGCGCCACAGGGCUGGCCGGUCCCCCAAACUCACAGCUGACGGCUGCCCUGCUAAUGAUUGGCGUUGGCGUUGUGCUGGUCACUGUGAGCGGCGCUGCCUGGCGGAUGACGGCACCUGGUGGUCAGUCGUGCCUCGGACUGGGCAGCAGCGUUGACUUGGGUCGUUGCGGUCGCCGGCCGUGCAGUCGCGGCGGCGGUGCACCACAUGGUCUAUUGUAUCCGGAGUUUCAACAUCGCCCGCCGCCACCCUCGUAUCAGGCCAGCAUGCAGGAAUAUCGACUGAGACUCUUGCUAUUGGACCGCGAUCGACAGAACGGCGUGGUGCGUGGCAACUCGCCUCCGCCCACAUAUCGAUCACAUGCCGGCAGCCUGCUGAGAGCACCUCUGACCACACUACGCAGCGGCAUGGGCGGCGGCACCAGCAGCAGCAUGGGCGGCUCCGAGUACAGUCUGCCGCCAAGCUACCGCUCGCGCAAUGCCACGCCGGCUACAGUCUGCAGUGAGCGCACCAUUGAGACGGCACCAUCGGGCCGACUGCUCGCCAACGAAGACCUUCCCGAGCCAUCAACGGGCGCUGAGCAAUUGGCCGACUACAGCACACUGCAGUCAAACACAUUGCUCACAUCAGCCAUCGUGGAAAUCGAAUCGAGUAAUCGGGGACUGGACAGUGCGACCAGCAGUCCUACCGUCAAAACGCAGGCCCCGGCAGCAUCGAAAGCAGUAACGGCAGCCAAGGACCUGGUGACCAUUGUGACCAUUUCGCAGGCGAAUAGCGGCAGCAGCCACCAUUCCACCGCCCAGAAUAGUGCAGUUGAUCAAAUCGAUAUAUUGGCUCACUUAUAGACUUACUCGAAAAGUCUGUGCACUUUGGCAAUAAAACCGGAAAUCUAGCUGAACUAAUCCAAAACGAAAUCAAGUGGAAUGGUCACGAGCAAUCAAUCAGAAAUCUUAUUUCUGGUGUAACUUCUAUUGAGGGUACACAGAUAGAGUUUCUCAUUUCUGAUUCCACUCUGUUUAAAGCUCUCGUUAACCCAAAGGUAUUUAUUUUUAUUACAACUUCUGCGUUUGAUUACAAAGCCCAAAAACACUCUGUACUCUUAUGACUAAAUAAACAUGAAUGUACUUGUA